AGGCAGAGUACAGAAGGUGUUGAGGGGGCUCUGCACGUCAGGCUGUUUAUCCUUUCCCUGCAACCAUGCUACACGCAAUUGCCGCCAUUUAUGUCCUUCUGCUCAUCAACUUCAGUGGGGCAACUGAGUAUGGUAUAACAGGUGGCAAAGUUGCAAAACCCCAUUCCAGACCCUACAUGGUGUCACUCCAGAUUCAAGGAAAGCAUAUAUGUGGUGGGAUGCUUAUUCGGAAGGAUUAUGUUCUAACAGCAGCACACUGCAAAGACUGUUACCAAGACAUCACAGUCGUCCUUGGGGCACAUAACAUCAGCAAGAAGGAGAGAAGCCAACAAAGGAUUAAUGUGAAGAAGUACCAUGCACAUCCGCAAUUUAAAGCCGACCAAUUUGAGUAUGACAUCAUGCUCCUUAAGUUGGAAAGAAAUGCCAAAGUCAACAACAAUGUAGCGACAAUUGAUUUAGCAACAAAAAACGAGGACAUUCCUGCCAACACAAAUUGUGAAGUGGCUGGCUGGGGAAGUACUGGACCAGAAAAACCUUCUUCAGAUGUUCUGAUGGAGACCACAGAGAGUAUCCAAUUCAGCUUUGAGUGCAAACAUAUCUGGAAAAUGUAUUUCAAUUCCACACAUAUGAUCUGCACCAAGUUUAACAAAAAGACGGGAGGAAUAUGUCAGGGAGAUUCUGGGGGACCUCUUAUUUGCGACUCCAAGGUUCAAGGAAUAGCUGCUUAUACUUUUAAAGAAAAAUGUGAUGAUCCAAAGCAUCCACAUGUUUUCACUAAAGUUCGAUCCUUUCUGCAGUGGAUGGAAAAAGUGAUGAAAGGCUGAGGCAACCUCAUUGAAUGGAAAGUUUAGUCAAAUCUACAUGUAAAAACCUGAUAGAAGUGUUUUGUUUGUGGACAAGAUGAUUUGCUGAUGAUAGAAAAAAAAAUAAGUAGUUCAUUUAAAAUAAAAAGAUACUCCCAAAUAAUACACCUUGCAUAUUAUCUAAAAGAUGUAUUCCCAAUUUACAUUAAAUUUCUUUUUUGAGUUCACAUUUAGGUCAAAAGAAUAUAAAAUAACAGAAAGAGGCGGAGGUGAGGUUGUUUAUGCUGCUACGGCUGGUCUCCAACAUGUCAACUCACAGAUGUGUUGGUAAAAAAAAAAA